AUGCUAUCACGACAAGCGCUCCGGCUAAGGACAUUCCUGCGAACGGUGGCGCUGGCCACGGCUCGGGAUCCUUUGCUUUCACCGUACCGAAAUAAUGACGGCUCCCUCAUCAAGGGUACCAACGCCAAAGAGGCUCGUCUCGAUGACCGCACCUUACAAGGAUGGCAAACGAAGAAGUUGUGUCUGCUUCCAGAUGAGGUGGCCAAGACGAUAAAUAACAACAUCUUAUCGCGAGCUAUCCCCGCCCGGUUGAGAGAACGGGCAGCUAAAAUCUACCAGGCGAUCGAGAAGGAGCAGAUCCAAAAGGCUCCCGAGACCGCGCUUGACUGUGAUGCGUUCAUCGGGGCUCUUUUCCUCCAGAACUACUCCCAUGCCCAUCAAAUCUUACUUGAGCUCCAGCAACGGGUGGGCAAGGACAACUUUAACCCGCGGCGAGUGCUUGAUGUGGGCUAUGGCCCUGCCACCGGUAUUGUCGCCCUUAACGAUAUCAUGGGUCCCGACUGGGUUCCGGAGGAGAAGGAAGCAUACAUUGUCGGUCGAAAUAAUUGGGAGAUGAAGAAGCGGGCGAAAAUCAUCUUAUCUCGUCAAGUAAAUGAGCUUUACGGGGGUGAUGAAGAUGCCGCCACCACUACUGAAGCCGAAGAGAUGGCUGAACAAGAAGCUGACGCUGUAACUGAAGCUGAAGAAGAAAACGAGUUUCUCGACGAUUACGUGGGUCCCAUCGCAACUUCCAAAAUCCAUGUGCGUACGCGUUUCCGGGAUCUGUUGCCUGUCACCAAGAAGUACGACUUAAUCAUGGUGCAUCAGUCGCUUCUUUCGCGGGAGUACUCUUUCCCUAAAGAUGUCGACACCAAUAUCCGGCUUUUGCUUCGCUUACUUGCCCCUGGCGGUCACAUCAUUGUCAUUGAAAGGGGUAACCCUCUUGGCUUUGAGACGGUUGCUCGGGCUCGUCAAAUCAUGAUCAGACCAGAAUCUCACGUCGGUGAAAAGGGGAAGAUCCCCCGUCCGUACAUUCCUGGGUCUCAGCGUAAGCCUCAAAGAAACUUCAAGGAAGACCAGAUGAUCACUGAUUUCGAAGCUGAGCUUAUUGAAAAGUACGGUGAAGUUGAAGAAGAUGAAUUGGACAUGGAGGCCGACGGAUAUGAUGUUGUUGAUAUCACCAAGAUGACUCCUCCUGAUGACGGCCUUAGUCCCACUAGUGUCGACUAUCAUUUAAAAAUCAUCGCCCCCUGUUCUCAUCACGGCAAGUGUCCUCUUCAGCUUGGGGACCCGAAAUAUUUCAAGAUCCCAAGUCACAAGCACCGCCUCAACUUCUGCAGUUUCUCGAAAAAGGUCGCUCGGCCUAAGUUUACAAUGGAGUUGAAAAAGGGGAAGAAGUUGGCGCUUCCUUGGGAUAAGCUGGCUGAGGAUGGGUUUGGGUUUGAUGCUAUCCACAAAAAGACGCUCAAGCUGUUGGAAGGACUGGGUCGUCCCGGCAGUAACAACACGGAGGUUGGGUCAUACCUGUACGUGAUUGCUCAACGCAGUAUGAAUGAUGUGGAAACAAUCAAGAAGAUUGAUAGUGAUCGCAAGUACAAUACUUAUGAUGAUGUUCCUGAUCAUCCUGAGCACUGGCCGCGGAUUGUCUCGAACCCUCAAAAGCUUAAAAACAACGUCAAGCUUACAGUAUGUGCUCCACUGGGUAACAUUGAAACAUGGAACGUACCCAAAUCCUUGGGUAAGCAGCCUUACCACGAUGCUCGUAAGGUUGAGCUUGGUGAUUUAUGGGCUUUAGACAAGAAGGGGGUUGUGGUGAAAUCACAAAUUCUGGAUGAAGUACGUGACAAGCUUGAGGUGUUGUCAAAGACGCAAAAGAAAACGUUCCUCAAGGAGCAACGUAAGAAGAACUUCAAGAAGGUGGUGACCAGAGAUAUGGAGCUGUUGACGGAUGAAGCCUACACUUUGGCCGACUCGAUCGAGAUGGAAAUGGCCCGCACUAAUAAGAAACGGUACAAGAUGAGACUUUAA